UCCCGCGCUUCGCCAUCUUACCCCCCGGGAGAAAAGGAACGCGAGCGCGGGAACGGCGUUCGAGAACGGGUGGCGGCAACUUCACAGCCGUUUUUUUUUUUCCUCCCCCUCCCCACUCCUCGAGCCGUUAGUCCGCGAUGGGACCCUGCGACGGUUCAAGCAUGCGGGCCCUGCUGGAGACCCUCGAGGACCCAAGCGCCUCGCCGGGGGUGUUGACAGACGCGUGGCUGACCCUGACGAAUCGUUUGACUGAAGAAGAAGAGGAUGAAGAUGAAGGAAAAGAAUUUGCAGCUGAGGUUGAAAACUCUUUUCCUCAGCUUUACAAUAUAUUUAUGACACAUAUUCCUACUGAAAAGUCGGAGUUGAGCAGUGCAGCUUUACAAGCUUUAGGAUUCUGUGUGUGUAAUCCAAAGAUUGCUUCCUUAUUAUGCGAAAUAGAAAUACAUGAACUACUGUCUAUAUUAAACAGUGUUGCUACAAAUUCAGGAGACAAACACACUCGAACAAGAGCACUCUGGGUGAUCUCAAAGCAGUCCUUUCCUCCAGAUACGGUUGGAAAGUUGGUACCCAAUAUUAUUGCGAUGCUAGAAACACUACUUCAUAAAGGAGAUUCACAUUCCAUGGUAGUUGAAUAUGAAGCGCUAAAUGUUAUCAUCCGGCUGAUAGAACAGGCUCCAUCUGACAUGGAGGAACAGGCUGUGACGUGGGCUAAGAUGAUAAUUCCUUUGCUGGUUCACUCAGCUCAUAAAGUACAGUUAAAAGCUGCUAGUGCUUUGGAAAUGGGUCUACCACUUCUUCAGCAGAACCAAGAAGUGAUAGCAGUUGCUGAGCAACUCCUGACUACUAAAGUAAUUCCAGAACUCCAAAAGCUAUUUUUUUCAAAACAUGAAACAUAUAUUCUGAAACUGUGGCCUCUGUUUGUAAAGCUGCUUGGAAAAACAUUGCAUCAUAGUGGAAGCUUUAUCAAUUCCUUGCUGCAUUUAGAAGAACUUGGAUUUCGUAGUGGCUCCCCGGUGGUAAAGAAAAUAGCUUUCAUUGCAUGGAAAAGUCUGAUUGAUAACUUUGCUUUAAAUCCAGAUAUAUUAUGCAGUGCAAAAAGGCUGAGAUUGCUGAUGCAGCCACUGACCUCUAUUCAUGUGAGAACUGAAACUCUGGCACUGACCAAGCUUGAAGUUUGGUGGUAUUUAUUAAUGAGGCUUGGAUCUCAGCUUCCAGUCCACUUUGAACAGGUUUGUGUACCAUUAAUUCUGAACACUUUAAGCCUAGUUGCCUCUCCGCUACAAGACAAUUCAUCAUGGUUAAUUUCUAAUCAGAAUUUAACUAUGCCGUGUAGUUCACGAAAACCAGGAGUUUUCCCUUUUGGAAAUAUUGCCACUCCAAAGAUGACUUUGAAUUCUAGCAGUGAAGGAGCUGUUAUUCCAUCUAUUCAGCUUCUAGGAAUUGAAAUGCUACUUCACUUCUUUAUGGGACCAGAAGUAUUGACUUUCGCCAAGGAAAAUAAAAUCGUACUUAGUUUAGAACCUCUUCAGUGCCCAGUAAUCAACAGUCCUUCCUUUUUCUGCAAGUAUGCCAGUGUUUUCAUAAAUGCAGCUCGGGAUGGUUUCAUUGCAAUUGGAAGAGAUGUUUCUGAUGUUAUGCUCACUGCUAUAUGGAGAGAAUUAGUUGGUUUUGUGAAAGCUGCAAUUGAAUCAGGCAAUAAAAGAGAACGGCAGAAUUCAGAAGUAUUAACUAUGUUGCUGCAGACUUUAAAAAACAUUAUUUUGUCAAAAGAAUUACCAGUAUUAAACUCAUUGCCCUUGCUAGAAGUGGCUAUUAAAGAAUUGCCUCCAAAAGUAUUGGGAUCACCAGCCUAUCAGAUUGCUGACAUGGAUCUUCUGAAUGGAACUCCAGCACUGUUCCUGGUUCAGCUUUUAUUCUGUGAAGAUGUUCUGAAAUGUGGAGUUGAAAAUAGAAGAUUCUUGUCAAACUACGAAACUCUUGUGGAAUGUGCUUUGUCUGGCCCUACGUCUCCUCUGGCUUUUACUGAGUCUGUACUCACAAUUGUGAGUCAAAAUGCCAUGCACUUGGAAAAUAAGGAAUAUUUGUGGCGAAUGUGGAGUAUUAUGGUUAACCCAUUAACUGAAUGGAUUAAACAGACGAAUGAAGUCAAUCAAGGGGAUGCUUUGGAGCAUAAUUUCAAUGCAAUUUACUGUGCACUGUUGCUACCAGUAAACUAUAUAUUUUCAUCUUCUGAAUUCCCAGAGCUUGCCAUGAAAACACUAUUGCGUUCUUGGUCAGAACUGUAUAAAGCAUUUGCCCGUUGUGCAUUACUAGUAGCAACAGCAGACGAUAACACAUGCUGUGAGGAACUCUGUGCCAAAAUAAUAUCUGGAUUAAAAGAUGAAGCACAUCUUAAUCAACCCAUGUUGGAAGGGCUCUCUUAUAUUACAACAGUCAUAGUUGAAUGCGUCUGUUUUGCACCUUAUGAUAAGAGAUUUCUAUCAGCACAUAAACCUCCACAGAAGCUAGCGGAAUGGGCCAGAAGGUCAAAAAAUCCCCUUGGCAAGCUGUGUUCUGUAAUGAAACUUCUGAUAAUACUGAUAAACUCUCUUAAGAUGCUUAUAUCCGGGGAAUCUGACUUUGAACAAUUAGCUCCUGUUGCUUCUGGGAUCGUUGGUAUUCUUCAGAAUAUCAUUGCCCGCAUCUCUUUGCCUUCUGUCAUCAGAGCGGUCUUGGGAUUUAUUGCAAAACCUUUCACAGCAUUGUAUCAAAAAAUAGAGUCUACUAAUCCCUCUAGAACAAGUCCUGCGCUCAUUUUCAAGUGUGAAAAGUUACUGGCAGACAGCCUUACUUGUUUGCAGUCAAACUAUACUGCAACCUUUGACAGCUGUGUCUUGAAAGAGAUUUUUCCAUUAUUAAGUAUAAUGCUUUUAAAUAAGAAUAGGCAUAUAAGCAGCCAUGCUGCUCGCUUUUGGAAUACAACAUUUGGAAAAGAGGAAAGCCUGGAAUACCCUGAAGAAUUUAAAACUGUUUUAAAUAAAGCAAAACAAAAAUUCAUACUCUUACUGCCUGCAUUUGAAAGCUGUGAUAUAAUGGAGGGAUCUAGUACUUCUUAUUCUGAUUAUACAGAGAACUCCCAGUGGGGUGCAAACAUCAGCGGAAUAAAAGUAAAUCCUAAUGGAAAAAGGGACUCAUUCCUGGCCCAAACCGGUGAGCCAGAGGAAGAAAAUAUUGAUUUUCACAUUACACCUAAAAAGAUAAAGCUAGAAUUCUCACGGUCAAAAUCAAACAUAAAAAACAUUCCUUUGGAAGAAGAAAACACUAUGGACUUCGUGUACAUUCCUGUAGAAACAAAAGAACGAGUCUUAACAGAGCACCAAAAAGAAGUUCUGAGAACUAAAAGGGAUGAUAUUCCUGUCAUGUAUAAUAAUCUGGACAUGUCUCAAGACGCUGUUCUCUUUUCCCAGGACACUCAGAACCAGGAGGAUUCUUUGGAGAAAUCAAGCAUUGUUGACAUAAAGGAAGAACAAGGGACAGAAGAGGACAAAUUAACAUCCCAGAAAAAAGAGGCAACAAGUCAUCAGCUUGUCAUUCCGCAUGCAGUAACUGGAAAUUACAAAUCAAAUAUAUCUCUGGAGAAAAUUACUUCUACUGUUACGGAGCAACCUAAUAACUUUCAGAAAGAGGAGCUGGAUCUGAAAAAUGAGGAGUUGAAUGUUUGCGUUGCAGUACAAUCGCCAAUAUUAGAUUCUACUUUGAAUGAAAAUCCUCCUAAUUGCAGCAGCAACUCUUCGGGUUCUAGUGGUAUAAUUUCACCAACACCACAGGUAGUGGUGAACAGAAGGCAAGCCUUUGUUACUUUGGAAAAAUUCAAUGAUUCAGAGAACAGACCUUUCAGUCCUUCAGUUUUUAGUAAUAUUUCUAUAACAUUAACAAGCCCGUUUAUCCAGAAGGAAAGCACAGUUGCUACAGAUGUCUCUUCAAAAGAAAAGUCAAAUCCGAAGAAUAAAGAUGGUGUAAAACUUAAAGCAAGGAAAACUGUCACCGGCACAAAGAGGACACGCUUAGAAUUCUUAAAUGCUCUAGAGAUGUGUGUCAAAUCAAAAAGAACCAAAGAAGAAAACAUUCCUGAUCCAAAACUGCAGUCUACCAACAUGGUUGAGAUGAAGAUGUCAAGUCUUAGACAAAAUAAAACUUUGGAUGACAAAGCUUCAGAACAAAUGCAAUCAGACCAAGAGGACAAAAAUCAGGUUUCUGAUACGCAUUGCGAGGAUAAGCAGGAAUUAUCUGUGGACACGGAAAUAGCAGAACAUUUGCUAGAUGAUCAGUCUCAGAUCCCCAGUAUGGCUGACAGCACAACAAUGGAGAGUAAAGUCCUCCUGGACAUAGUUAAAAAUGAAAAUGUGGGACCAAAUGUAGAGCACAAAGAGAAUACAUCUCCAGAAAUAGAAGUUUGUGAAGAAGCAGUGUCUGUUGUUAACCAAAGCCCUGACAUUUCACUUAACCAAAAAACAUUAAGACGUUCUUUAAGACGAAAAGCAGAAACUGAUGGAGCUGUGGAUAGCCAAGAUAAAGAGAACAAUCAACAAAAGGCCAAGCAAAAAGAUGAUGAAAAGAUUCUGCCAAAGAAGAUGGCACAAAAUAGGGAGACUUCUGGGCAAAAAGAAAAGGCUGAAAAACUUGAAAAAGCAACAGAUGCACCAAUAUGUGGGCCUGUAAACAAUGCUACAGAAAAUAUAAACUCUAAAGAGAACAGUCAGGAAGAGUUGGACAUGAGUCUUGGGAAAUCUGAAUGCAAUGACCAUGAAGAACCAGGCUCAGAUACAUCUGUGGAGAAACUAAAAGUAUUUCCACGGUAUCAUACAAGAAGAGCAGCUUCACAAGGAUUACUUACCAGUAUGGAAAACUCUGAAACUGAUAUCGGUGAAACAAGAGAGGAAGGAGCAAAGAGGAAACGGUCUGGGAAAUUGAAAAAAAAUGAUUCCCCUGGGAACCAAGCAAAGGAAGAGCCAGACAGCCAAGAGCUUUCUUCACAAGCUGCAGUAGAAAUCCAAACCAGGUCAGUAGGAAAGCAGAAAAUAUCUUCUGGCGGAGAGACAGAAGUGCCUUCGAUGUCUACUAAUACAAAGGAAAUCGGUACAAAGGAAGAAAAAGGUACUUCCCCGUUACGUCCCAGUGUGAACCUUAAAGAAAAUGCAGGGUCGACAUGUCCUAGAGCCUCUUCAGAUCCAGGGAGAAAGCCUGCUAACAGGAAGGAAUCCACUUCGGAGCCUAUUUUAGAAAACCGACAGGAAACUAAUACUCUCGACACAAGUUCUGUGGUACCUAACAACUCAAAUGGCGUUUCAAAAGAGGAUGCUUCUGCUACCGCUGUCAGUGCCUUUCCUUCACCCAAGAGAUUUCUAGAUGUGUCCGAAUGCCAGCACAAAAGAAGCAAACGGACAAGGAAAUCCAGGAGCUGCGACUGCUGUGAUGAAAAGCUGUCUCCCCAAGUGGAAAAAGUAUCCCCUGAACCGAAAAAGGCAAGCACUCCAGAAACAAAGUUAAAAGAACCAAGGAAGAGCCUCAGUAAAGUAACCGUGCCCCUGACCUUGAUCCCUGUUGCUGAAGAGAUUCAUUUGGCAGAGAGGCUGAGCAUAGAACCUUGUGCAACAAGCACCCCGCUGCCUUUUGUUAAGGAUGCCGCUGAUCGGAAAGAGGCCAGCAAUGUUGCUGAAUCUGUCAGUGGCGUCCCAAGAAACAAUACGCCAAACGUUGAACCGGAGAAAUUAGCAUGUGUCCAAAAUGAAAGUGACAAGCCAGUUGCAGGAAUUCCGGAUGUUCCUUUCUCUGAAACAAUUUCAGAAUCCAGAUCAAUGGAUUCUCAUUCAGAAGAGCUUAGUGCUCAGGGUCAGCCUUUAGAACCAGGUUCGGUGGAUUCUCAUCCAGAAGAGGUCAUUGCUAAGGAUCAGGGUUUAGAACCAGGUUCAGUGGAUUCUCAUUCAGACCAAGUCAGUGCUAAGGAUCAGGGUUUAGAACCAGGUUCAGUGGAUUCUCAUUCAGAAGAGGUCAUUGCCAAGGAUCAGGGUUUAGAACCAGAUUCAGAGGAUUCUCAUUCAGAAGAAGUCAGUGCUAAGGAUCAGGGUUUAGAACCUGACGCAGAAGCAGAGACUGGAAUGGAAGCCAGUAGUAACCAAAAUGGUCAGUUGGAAAGUGAAACAGAUACAGAGAUCAAAAUUAUUCAAGUUGUGGGAGCACAACCUGAGGAGGAAGGAGUCAUUCAGAAUAUUGUAGAAGAGAUUACAGUAACAUCUGCCACUGAGGUAGCAGAGCUGCAGGAAAAUGAGACGAGUGAGGAAGAAGGUGCAGAAGAUAAUGCAGCAAGUGAACCAAGUGAACGUCCAACCUUAGUCUUGUGGCAGGAGAAAAGUAACACCUUGGAUUCUCCACCAAAAUGUAAAGAACUUGAUUUUCUUUCUUUAGCCAAGGUCAGUGGAAGUCCCACUGGGACACAGGCUCGCUGUCUAUGGUCCCCAUCAGCUUCUCCUUCUAUAAGUAUUUUAAAGAGAGCCAUCAAAAGAGAACCAGAGGAAGAGUCAUCAUCACCUGCAAACAAGAACCGAAGAGUCUCCUUUGCCAAUCCAAUCUACCAAGAAGAAUUGGCAGAUGACAUUGAUCGGCGAAGUCCUGUACUUAGAAUUCAUCCUUGCAAUAAUGGUUCUCAAUCUUUGCGAAGUGCUAAAUCUUCACCUAGUCACCAAGCCAAGCUUAUAACCACUCCAACCAAAGGAUCUCUGUCCCCUGGAACCCGUAGCCAUAAAUAUAAGACCUCAAAGAAGUGUUUAAUCACAGAAAUGGGCACGGAGCCAACACCAGUACCUACAGAAAGCGUAUAUCCUGCCCUGAUGGGCUGUAAAGCAUCUGUCGACGUAAUUCUGCCUCAAAUUACUUCAAAUACUUGGACAAGAGGGUUAGGACAUCUGAUUCGAGCAAAGAAUAUCAGAACGGUGGGUGACUUGAGUUCUCUCACCGCAGCUGAGAUCAAAACACUUCCUAUUCGCUCUCCUAGAGUUUUAAACCUUAGAAAGGUUCUUAAAGGCUAUCAUGAGCAGCAGGUAAAAUCUCGUGGAAUGGAGGAAAAUGCUGGCCUGGAUGAUACAGAGAAAUCAAUCAGUGUUAUGGAUGAGACAUUUUUUUCCACAAAUGAAAAUGCAGACGUAUGUGAAACCGAGGUCUCCAGUACGGGUGAGUCAUCAGCAAUAGACCUUUGGGCUCAGGUAAAUCUACUUGCUGAGCAAAUUACUUCUGAAAGACUUCGAAACUAUUCAGGGAACGAACUCUUUGAAAUGCAAGAGAAACUUCAUACCAUUACAGACUGCAUCAUGAAAACUCUGAAGUCCCGUUGGAUGCUUUCAAGAUCUUGCGAAACCACUGUUUAAAAAAAAGCAGUUACUCUUGAUUAAGUUCUUUGAAGAAUAGAUUUGAUUGAGGGCAGUUUUGGUUUUAAAAGGUUUAAAUUUGAGGUUAAUAUUUAGUUUCAUUACAUAUUUUAAGUAAAAGGGAUUCCUGUAACUUGAAGCAAAUACAGCAUUGGAGUAUAAAUGUUAAAUUUCUAAAUUCUGUGGACUUGCAUUUUAAUAUUUUCUUUUUUUAAAAUUGCUGCUAUGCACAACUUCCAAAAUGUGGUAAGAUGUGCAGUAAUGACUGUGAAACAUGCCACAAUACAGAGCAGUAUAUUUUUUAAAUGUUAAGUAUUUUAAAUCAAAGGGCUUUGAUGCAUCACCAAUAUUUAAAGCCCUGGUUUUAUUGUUCUGACUAAAGUUUGAAGUGUUAAUUAAUUUACCAAAAGUGAUACAAAUCUUCCAACUGAUAGUAGUUUGGAAGGUACUAGUUUUAUAGCUUCAUUAUCAUAUUAAGAAGUAUGGUGCUUCAUUAGCAUACUAAAAAUAUCUCAAACUUUUUCAUAGGACAUAGUAUAUUUUUUCAUGAAUGUAGUAUGCAAAAGAAAAAAGUGUGUCAGUACAUAAUUCCAAUAAGUAAUUCUCAGGAUCUGACCACAUGCUCUUUGAAUUUUUAUAUACCACAAAGGUUUUAUUUGCCCCAUUCAUAAGUCCUAUAUAAACUGGACAUACGAAUAAUUUUGUAUAUUAUGUAUAGAUGUACUAAAUGCAAAUGUUCUAAAUUAUAUCUGUAUGAAAGGCAGAGUCUCUAACAUGCUUGAAUGGGAGGAACUUUGUAUAGAGCAUAUUUGUGCUUUUUGACCUAACAAUGGGAUCGAUUUAUGUUUUAGGAAAUAAAUAUAUAUAAAUAAAAUAUAUAAAUUGUUGAAUGAAAUGGUUGUUAUUUUGGGGAAGAACUGUGUUGUGUUAAGAUUAAAAUCAGUUUCAGUGAAAAUGCAUUUUUAAAACAGCAUUUAAACCAUGUAUUAAUGACUGACAUGGCAAAAUUGUUGAUUUUUUAUUGCAGAAAAAAGGGACAAGGGUGAAUCAGUAGAUCUGAGCCUUUGUCAAGGUUAAUAGAAAUGGAUUU